AUGGGGGCCGAGAGCUCUGCGCAACGGGACGAGAAGACCCACCACCAAGCUGAGGAUGCGUCAGCCACUGCCCCGGGCCAGGAGGAAGGGGAGGCGGAGGAGGCGAAGGUGCAGGGAGAAGAGGAGAGCGCACCGGACAGCAAGUCUUUGCAGAAGAACGGUCAGAUCUCCAGCUUGAGCAGCCUGAACAGACUCUUGGAGGACAACACGCUGGACGAUGUGGGCCAGCCGGAUGGUGUCUCCGUGGCUCAGAAGGAGGAGGCCCCUGAGACGAUGGACGCAAUUCAGGAUGAAGACGCUCCUCAAGUAAACGGGGAGAAAGUUGAGAAGGAAUCAGCUGAUGCCAAUGACAUCUCAGUUGUUGAAGAAAAAGCUGCCGAGGAGAAAAGUGGCGACGCAAACGAGGUGGGAUUCAAGAAGAUUUUCCGUUUUGUUGGUUUCAAGUUCACACUGAAGAAAGACAAGAGCGAAGAGAAGGACCCGGUUAAACUACUCACCAUCAAAGAUAAAGAAGAGGAGACAGUUGUGGACGAAGCCGUUAAUGAGGAAGAUCCAACAGUUGAGGAGAAAAGUACAGUCAAUGAAGAGAAGGCUGAAACUGAGUCUCCUGAGGUUGAGAUCAGUGAAGACAAGGCGGAGAACACUGAGGCAGAAACUGGACCUGAGGAAGGAGAGGCAACAGAAGGAUCUUCCAAGGAGGAGAAAGCUGACAAAGAGGAAGAGACAGCUCCAACCCAAGAAGUUAUCUCACCUUUUAGAAAAAUCAGUGGUCUCUUUUCUAAUCUGAGAAAGAAAGCUAGCAUCAAGAAGACAAAGGAUGAGGAAGAGGUGAAAGAGGAGGUAGCAAAUGAAGAAGAAACAGCGGCUGCUACUCAAGAGGUAAAAGCUGAAGCAAAGGAAGAUGCGGAAGAAGAGAGUAAAUCAGAGAUAAAAGACGACGCAGCAGCAACAUCUGAGGAGGAUGGGAAAAAGGAUGAGACUGUCACAGAGGAGGUGAAAGAACCGGCUGCAGAAAAGCUCAAACCAGAAGCAGCUCCAGAAGGGGGGGCCACUGCUGAGGUUCCUCCAGAUACUGAAACUACUGACGAGGCCAAACAGGAUGAAGAGAAAGCCCCGCUGGAAGUGUCCACAGAAGCUGAACUGCUGUCUUCCCAGGAAAAAGCAAAACCUCAUGGAAGCCCUCUUAAAAAGCUGUUUACUGGAGCAGGCAUCAAAAAGCUGUCAACUAAAAAACAAAAGACAAAGAAAGAAGCUGAAACAAAACAUACUGAGUCCGGAGAGCAGGCUGAACAACUGCAGUCGUCCACAGAAUCAGCAGAGGCCCUUAAAGCCGAAAGCGGCCCCUCCUCUCCAGAAGAGUCAGGAGAACAUGUGGUUGCAGCAGAGGGGACGGACAAAGAGUCCAGCCAAGAAACUGAUGGUGAAGUCACUUCUGAUGGGGAGAAGAAAAAGGAGGGAAUCAUUGCGUGGUCUUCCUUCAAAAAACUUGUUACACCCAAAAGACGUGUGAAGAGACCUUCUGAGAGUGAUGAUGAGGCUACUGCUGAAAAACCAGCCAAGUCUGCAACACUAUCCUCUACUGAGAGUGCUACCCUGGCAGAUAAAAGUAGUGAAGAGGAGACAAAAGAAGAAAAAAACAGUGAGGAAGAGCUGAAGACUGAGACCACAGAGAAACUCACCACCAGCACUGAAGAGAAAAAGAAAAUGGACACCUCAGUCUCCUGGGAGGCUCUGAUGUGCAUGGGUGGUCCAAAGAAGAGAACACGCAAAACCUCAGACUCUGAUGAUGAUGAUGAGACUAAAGUUGAGGAGGAACCAGCAGCGGUGACAGAGGCAAAAGAGGAAUCCAACGUUGAAGCUACUGUUGAAACUCCACAAACCAGUGAGAAUGAGCUUGAAGUUGUCGCCUCUCCUGAACCGGUGAGCCCACCUGUCACUGCCUGGGAAACACUCAAACGCAUGGUGACGUUGAAGAGGACAAAAAGUGAGGAAAAGCCAGAGGAGGGAGCAGAACAAGUGUUAUCUGACAGUGAGGCCCCAAAAGAGGAGUCAUCCUUCUUCCUUAAGAAAUUCUUCCCAGGUCGAAGAAAGAAGAAGUCAGAAAAGCAACCCUCAGCUGACCAUGGAUCUGGUGAAGAGGACUCUGACACUCCUGCAGUGGUCCCUCUUUCUGAAUAUGAUGAACCAGCUGAAACUGAGAAAGAAGAAGAUGCAGAAGCUGCGCAGACAAACGUUAAAGGUGAAGAGAGGACACCAUCUUGGAUCUCAGCAGCAGUUGAGGAUGACAAACAAGACCAGCUUAGUGACAUCCCAGAGGAAGCUGAGAGUGCUGCCACUCCUAAAUCAGUGGACACUGACAUUACAGAAGAUGAGGAACAUGGCCCUGUAUCUCCAAAACGAUUCAACACUGGUCGCAGACUAUCCACUGCUGAAGUCAAGCCUGUUGCUCCAGCUCCAUCCUCAGAAACCGCUUCUGUUCCCAAAGAACCAGAAACUGAAAAUGCUCAGGAAGUUUUCCAAGCUAUUGAGGCCCAGAAUGCUGAAAUUCCAGCAGAGACCUCUGUUGCUGUUGAAGAUGUCCCGUUGGAAACUGCUGUUGAAACAAAUGAGUAUGAGCCAGAAAGUGACACUGCUGAUGUCAAGACCAAGGUCAUCCUGGAAGUGCAUGCCUGUGAUGAGGCUAUGCGAAUCUGCACUGGUCUGGGAACCAAGGAGAUUGCAAAAGUCACUCUUGAGAAACCUGUGUCCCCAAUUACAGAGUGUAUGGCUGUUGUCCGUGAUUCUUGUGCUACUGAGGUGUCAUUUGAGGAGAAACGAGCCAAAACAGAGCAAACCACUGUUUCUGAAUAUCCUAUCCUACAAGCGCAAAUCCAGCAAGUCGAUACCACUGAACUCGAAGCCAUGGUAGAAAAAACAGCAAAUAGCAUUGCUGACUUGCAAGUUGCCACUGAAAGUCUCGAGCCACAGAUUCAGAAAGUCAGUAUCAUCGGCACUGAACUGGAAGCGUCUGAAGUUAUCCAGCCACCGACGGUUGAUGAGAAUUCACCUAAAGCUGUGGUUAGUGAUCCAAUUACUGCAACUUCCGAAGCAGCUCUGUGUAGCCAAAGUGUUCAGGUUACUGAGCCAACCCUAGAGACCAAGGAAGUCCAAAUGAACAUGGAGCAGCAAGUUGCUACUGAAGAAAACACUCCACUUGAAGAGGUAGUCCAAGCAGUGACCAAAGAAAUAUCCUCCACCAUAUGUGAAAGUACAAUGACAACCACAAAGGAAACUGAGCCAGAGAUCCCAGUGAUACUGCCCAGUGAAAUUGUCCCAGUAAUUACCGAAACAGCAGUCCUUGUUGCCCCAGUCAACCUGUCCCAAGACAUUUCCACUUCUGAAGCUGUAGUUGAAAAUGUGUCCAUCUCGGAAGUUGUUGCAGAUGAAGUUGUUGAAUCAGAGGCUGUUCCAAUGGAGCAGGCCAUUGAAGAAGAAACAAUUGAGUCACAGACCAUGGUAUUUGCUAAGAAUGUCAUCCAAGAGGCUGUGGACAAAGUUUCAGAAGAUGCUCCUCAAUCUAAAAAUGACAACACUUCUAUUGUCCCAACCCCUGACCAAGCAGUUGCAACGCUUGAAAAAGAUGUUGAGAUUGAAUCAGAGAUGCCAAUAGUCACUGACACCCCAGUUGCAAUGAUCUGUGAGAAAUCCUCACCAAAAAUUCUACAUGUUGCGAUGGAGGUUAUAGACACAAUUCCCAUUGAAGUUACAGGGAGCAUUGUUUCAACGGACAAAGAGACAGCCCCAGAAGAUGAGUUGAAACAAGAGGAAGAGGGAAAAGUAAGUGAAGAGAAAGCUGUAGAAGAGGAUAAACAAGUGGUCAAGGAUGAAACAGAAAAUAUUGUAUCAGAAGAGAACGUAAAUACCACAGAAAUCCCUGAAGAACAGACACAAUCCAAGCAUAAAGCGGUCCACUUACCAGUCCAAGUGGUCCUCCAGACAGCACAAGUCCAUGAAGAACCAACAGUUGAAGAAGAAGCUGCUGUUGAGUUUGACGCCAAUGGUCCAGUAGACAUCCCAAUUCAAGACGAGAUCAAGACAAAUGGUGAAACUUCUGAGCGAGUCUCUGAACGCCUGUCCACUGUGUCGGAGGAAGGCCAAGAAGCAGAGGAAUCAGCAGAUAACCAAUCAGAUGCAGAGAAGCCAUCGGGAAAAUGCGCUGAGGUCAUGGCCCAGAGAUCACAGCAGCAUCGUGAGCAGCUAAAGAUGCAAGCCGUGCCUGGGUGA